AUGGCGAGCACCCCGCAUUCAACAAAGUCCUCGCCGGUAAAGGGUCGACAGCGAGCGCAAGUACAGGAUCCAUUGGACCAGGCUGGGUUCGUUUCGAAGGGAGACGUAAAGUUGCUUGAUCCCAAGACGCAAAAGGCGUACUAUGAGAAAAUCGUGGAACGAUACAUGAAAUUCUGUAACGACUAUUCAAAUGAUCUCGAUGCAGCCUUUGCCUCGCUUCCAAAAAAUCGAUCCGAAGAUUCGACCAGGAAUCCGCCCGUGCCUACUGCCCCCGUUGUAGCUCGAGAUCCUUCGUCUCGCCAUGCACAGCCUGCGUCCAUGCAGAAUAAGUCUGUUCGACCCGAGAACAUGACUGAUUCGGCAGCCAAGGACCUAUCAGUAUUGCUUCUCUCUCUUCGGAAACUGCGAGAAGGCGUGAUUGCAACUGCAUCCAAGACGCCCGUGGCGUUUUCACAGCAGGUUCAUAUAUUUUGCAUUCGAACCGGUAUUCUCGCUAGCCACCCUCCGUCCUAUUAUCCUCCGUUAAAGCGUCUUCUGCAAGUACUGCACGAGCCCUCGAAUCCUUUAAGUGAAUCGGAUUUGCACGAGUUCACCGCCUAUCUUAUUCUUGAUUAUGCCUGCCGACAGAACGAGCUUCAUCCGGCAUUUGACCUCCGUGCAAAGUCAAAGAACGACUUCGAGUUUAACAACACAACCAUUGACCACGUCCUUGCCGCUUUGAUGCAUGAUAACUGGGUCCAGUUCUGGAAAUCUGGUAGGGGUGUGGAUGGGUAUACGAGAUCACUGAUGAGCUGGGCGGAGGGCUUUGUCCGAAGGAGGGCGCUCAAGACCAUCGCUAGAGCAUACCUCUCUGUAGAUCUUAGCUAUAUUAUCGAAUCUUGCACUGGGACAGAAGACGGCUGCACGUGGGACGAUUUGGUUGAGAAGGAAGGCAUGGGCUGGAAGCUAGAAGGCAACAAGGUGAUAAUACGGAUCAGGAAGCCCGCCAUCAAGGCGAAGUGA